ACGUUCGUUUCUUUCUGGAUUGCACUGUCAUUUCCUUCUCGACCCCUAAAACCUCUAUCUGGAACCUCCCUCCCGCCGUUUAUGAUUUCUUUACGGCCUUGUGCCAUGACUCCUUUGUCCUUAUCUCCUCACGCCCUAAUAGGGCGCUGUCCUAGUUAUCGAGCAGAUUUCAUCGUUUUUUCUUCUCUAUAUAAGAGCAAUAUUUUCGUUCAUUUUUUCAAUUUAUAGAAACAACCAGAGAGGGCGCGCGGAGACCGUCAGAGAAUGGCGUUGCCGAGGCGGCGACAGUGCUACUACCACCGCCUCCGUUCUCUGAUCCCGGUGAUCUCCGCUAUCUUACUCAUGCUUUUGAUUUUCUUCGGACUCCUUUCCUUCCUCGCUCCCUCUCCCGUCGAUCGUCUCCGUCAGAACCAACGCCACGGCGGCGGUUAUCAAUCCUCCUUCGACAUUGUGAACGAGGACGUGAUUGGAGCUCCGCUGUUUCUUGUUCCGACCGGUGGGGGAAAAUUGAAUCGCAGUAUGUGGAGUUCGAGAAAUUCAAAAUUCUUCUAUGGAUGCAGUAAUGCGAGCCGCAAGUUUGCAAAUGCUGAUGCUAUUACACAUCCAAACCGAUAUUUGCUGAUUGCAACUAGUGGAGGCUUAAAUCAACAAAGAACUGGGAUAACGGAUGCUGUUGUUGCUGCCCGAAUUUUGAAUGCUACUCUGGUUAUACCAAAGCUGGACCAGAAAUCUUUCUGGAAAGACACAAGUAAUUUUCCGGAGAUUUUUGAUGUUGAUUGGUUUAUAUCAUUUCUGUCAAAAGAUGUUAAAGUUGUAAAGAAUCUCCCUAGAAAGGGAGGGAAAAUUUGGACUCCACAUUCAAUGCGUGUUCCAAGGAAGUGUAACGAGAGAUGUUAUUACAAUCGUGUGUUACCUGUUCUUUUGAAAAGGCAUGCUAUCCAGCUCAAUAAGUUUGAUUACAGGCUUUCGAACAAAUUAGAUACAGAUUUUCAGAAGUUGAGAUGUAGAGUCAACUAUCAUGCUCUGAAGUUUACGGAUCCUAUCCUUGAAAUGGGGGAAAAGUUGGUUAACCGGAUGAGAAGGAAAAGCAAGCAUUAUAUUGCCUUGCACCUGAGGUUUGAGCCUGAUAUGUUAGCAUUCUCAGGGUGCUAUUAUGGUGGAGGUGAAAAGGAAAGGAAAGAACUUGCUGCAAUACGAAAGAGGUGGAAGACUUUACAUACGAGCAAUCCUGAUAAGGAAAGAAGGCAUGGAAAAUGUCCACUCACUCCUAAAGAAGUUGGUCUGAUGCUUAGAGCACUGGGAUAUGGUAGUGAGGUCCAUUUGUAUGUGGCAUCUGGAGAGGUAUAUGGAGGGGAAGAGACGCUGGCACCCCUAAAAGUACUGUUCCCAAAUUUCUAUACAAAGGAAACUCUAGCCAGCAAGGAGGAGUUGCAACCAUUUUCUUUGUUUUCUUCUCGAAUGGCUGCACUAGACUUCAUUGUAUGUGAUGAAAGUGACGUAUUUGUUACGAAUAACAAUGGUAACAUGGCUAGAAUAUUAGCGGGACGAAGGAGGUAUUUUGGCCACAAACCUACAAUUCGUCCAAAUGCUAAAAAACUUUAUAGAUCGUUUCUGAACCAAGAAAACAUGACAUGGGAAGCAUUUGCUUCUAAAGUUCGUAGGGAUCAGAGGGGCUUCAUCGGAGAGCCUAAAGAGGUGAGACCUGGCAGGGGUGAAUUUCAUGAGAACCCAUCCACAUGCAUAUGUGAAGAUCCUGAUGCCAUGGCACAAAGAAAUUCAGGACCUAGGAAGUUUGUUAAAGAAUCUGAAGCCUCGAGAAAAGAUUAUGUAAUGAGUCAGGCUCAGAAUGUGGAUGACGAGCCAGAAUCGCCCGAUACAGAUGAAGAUGAUCAGGGUGGCCUUCAAGAUCUAGCUCCAUUAAAUUUUACAAAUUUUGAUUAUGACACAGAUACCUCUGAAGAACCUGAGUUGGAAGAGUUGCUUUCAGACUAAACAAACCUUGUAAAAUAGUUUCAUAAGAAUUCUGUGUCGACAGUCAUAUCUCUUACAUUUUCGUAUAUUGAAGAAGAGGGGAUCAAGGACGGACAAGACUGGGAGAAUAAAUAGUGAUAGCUGAUAUUGACAUUGGCAAGUUGCUGAAGACAGAUUGUUUGGUGAGUCUCUAUUGGGAAGAAAAAACAGAGGUUGCGAAGAGGAGCUGAGUGUUGUUACAGUUGAAGGAGAGGAACGAUUUUGUGCUCCUUCCCUUAAGGCUGGUAAUCUUACUGCUGAAUCAAUUAGUCUGCUCGUCUUUUUGUCUCUUUUGAAAUAUAGUGAGUUUGAUUACUGUAAGCUGCUAGAAACUUUGGAGAAUUGAUAAAUCACUCCAAUUGGCUUCUAGAAAUUCUUUCUAGGUGGGAUUUUCUUUUGGUCUUUUGAUGUAUUGUAAUCCAGUGCUUUGCAUAGAAUUUUUCUAGAUCGUUAUACGCUAAUGCUGUUUGUGAUUGCAGAUAGCCUGGACAACGGUUAAUGCACUAGACAUUUUCAAAAA